AUGGACGACCUACCAGAGCUCGCAGACGAUGGACAUAACUGGACAGCUUAUGGCAGUUGGGUCCUAAAUGCCAUUGCAGAUGAAGGCUUGAUGGGGUUCCUACUCGGGUCUGAAACACGACCUAUACAUCCAGCACAGCUGAAAGGUCAAGGUGAGGGCUGGACACCUCAGACCAAUGAGGAACGAGACGAGGUCGCAGCAUGGCAAACCUCAGAUGAGUUCUGGCACAAGCAGAGCUCGAAGGUCAAUCUUCUAUUGAUCUUCGGAAUUUCGGACUACAUAUUCUCAUUCAUACUCCAUCUAAAAGCACCCCUCGAGAAGUUCACCUACCUUGAGAAGCGCUAUGGCUCAGUUACGAGACCAGAAAGCUGGAAAACAACUGAGGAGGACGCGCAAACUACUCAUGACAACAAAAAGGACAGCGCAGAGCUGUCACUAGAGACUGUAGAAGUCACGCCUAGUCAGUGCAGACAAGUCGAAGCGUCAAGCAUCGACAUACCUACAGCAGAGGUCGAACAUGCCCUAAAUGGGCACUCGGAGCUGGAGCUGGAGGGAGUGCCAUGCGAAGCAGGCAGUGGCUCAAUGGAUGAACUUGGAGAUGCAAACCCUAAGAUGUCAAGUGGCUGUACAGAUGAGACUAGCGCUACAGGCACGCGCAGUCAACUCGUCGUUGCCAACGUGACAAGGGAUUUACAUCUACUCAAAUCCGGCAGCGAGACUUUCGAUCUCGCAAUCAAUUCUACUAAUCUCGAGAACACUCGUGCCAUCAAAACUACUUCACAGAUGCCUGUCAAUCAUGAUCAGCACAUCCGAACGUGCAGCAGUCUGAUCGCCGACAUACCUGACCCUCCAUGCAUCCAUGUCACAGCUCCAAACCCAUUCAUUGGACAAUCUGACCAAGUCUUUGGUACUUCGAACACAGAAAGGAAGUUAGCGCGAGCACAAACAGUCAGCAAUGGAGAAAUUACCAUACCGCAUCCUCACGAAGCCCAAACGACCCUUUCGGAUCAGGCAGCGCUCACUAACAAGCCAAAAUGCCUCAAAGAUCUGCAAGAGGCUGAGCGACCCCACCCCGAAUGA